AGGGGGGUGGGGGGGAAAAGAGCGGGAGGAAUUUUUCUUAUAUGCUCCGCCGUUCCCUACUACUGUAUGGAAUAGUAGUAGCAGCACAAGGGAUCAGCCCCGAGACACCGGAGCUCGGAUGCGCAACUCGUUCAUUCAUGCACUGCACUGCGGUGUCAACAAUGACCACUGCACGCCACGAGUUGGCGAUGGAUUGGUUGGAUGGAAGCAUCUCGGGCGUACAUAUGUACAUGCCGAAAACAGGUUCGGUGUGUGAAGCUAAAGCGGGGGGAGGAUGAUGAGGAGGGGGAGGCGGAGGACGAGGACCAGGAGGUGGAAGGCCACUGGAGCUGAGCCAGUAGUAGAGUAGGUAGCCUGUACGUACCAGACGUAGCUACAGGCUCUACAGGCUCCACCCUACUCUACAGUACCAUAUAGUAGUACCUAUUACCCUAC